UUAAAUCUAAAUUCACGGAUUUUUUAUCUAGGGGAUAUAAGUGCAACCCUCCAGUAUGGGCGGGGCACUUUCUCACUUCUUCCAAUCAGGCCACGCCCUACUCUCCAGUGGACACAGUAGAGGUGUAUCUGAUACAACAAGGAAGAAUAUUAGAAUAGUGUUCGAUGCACUGCGUGCUAACCCUAAAGUGACAGUUCAGAGAUUGGAAGGUCUUCUUGGUCAAAUACCUCGCAGUGAGAAUAUUCUUAUCAUCCACAACGAGGAGGGAUAUCAUCUUCUUCAGAAAUGUGUUGGGAUCAAUAAUGUUGAUAUGAUCAGAUGGUGUAUAUCAAGAAAUAUAGAUAUAAACCGUGGUUGCUGCUCUUUGCCUCUUCAUAUUGCGUGUCUGAGGGGAUUUGAAGAUGCAGUAGAACUCUUACUCAAGCACGGAGCUAGGAUAGAUGUUGAGGUAAAACCGUUGGUUUUCUGGAAAAAGUCGAAGAUUUUUUUGGAUAUUCUAAUGACCACUUUAAAACUUGUUUUUAGGAGUUCUGACAAGCUUCAGUGUGCUAUAUACUACGCUAUUGACGGAGAUCAGGUGGAUAUCCUUGAACUGUUGGCCCAGCAGGGAGAAGAUCAUUGGCUUCCCUGGCAGCAGAAGCGACCCCUACUCCAUAUUGCCUGUGAGCGCGGAGCUUGGAAUUGUGUUAAAUAUCUUGUUUCAGAGCGAAGUGAUGAAAUAAACCAGUGUUACGACGAGUACUACCCUAUCCAUCAAUCUACACUACAUGAUAUCAAAUUUUUAGAAUUGCUAAUUCAAUGUGGCGCUGAGACGACUGUGCGGACUAGCACCCAGCUGAUGACAGCGCUUCAUGUUCUUCUUCUUCAAGGGAAGAAAUCAGCUGUUGAUACGCUUCAGACCUUAAAACUUCUUCUUGAGCACGGGUUGAAGGAACACAUAAAUGAACCAGAUUCUCUAGGAAACACUCCCCUUCACGCCCUAAUAGUCAGGUAUGCUCUAGAGGAGAGGAGAUGUGGAUACAAUGAUGAUCCAGCUCCAUGGAAUAAGUGGGAUAUGCUCACACUCACUAGAUACCUCAUUCAGAACGGAGCCAGGCCAAGUAUUAAUCAGGCUCGAAAUAGUGCAUUAGCUUGUGUGCUUCGCCAUGUAACAGACUGGGAGUUUAGAUAUGAUCUUCUCAACAUGCUGUUGCAGGAGGGUGGAGAUCCAAAUAUUGAAGGUCGGGAUGGCAGUGUUCCUCUAAUGGUUUGUCUAGUCCCCUUAAUCAACAAGGAUCCUCUACAUCAUUUCUCUCAUCUUAUGAAGGUUUGUUACCUCAAUUGUGUCCGUAUAUUGUGCAAGUAUGGAGCUAACCCUAACUGUUCUUCCAGAUCAAACCUGACCCCCCUCCAUGUUCUGGUGUUUACUGGAACCGAAAACAUAUCUUUAGCUCGACAGGAGGAGAAAAAAGAAGCAUUUGAGUUUAUUCGGAAUCUUCUGACCCUUCUUCUACAGCAUGGUCUAGAUCCAAAUGUCAGAUAUUCUUCAAGAUCCCAUCACAUUCUUCUCUCUCUAAUGGACAUGGUUCAGAACGCGAGGUCACCUUCCGACCUCAACUACGUGUACUCUUUGACCUUGACCCUUCUACAGUACGGAGCUAACCCUAAUAUGACCGUUAACGGCGGAAGUGGAAAGCGUCGAUAUAGUUCUAAUCACUCCCGUGCUGGAGAUAUUUUUAUGAUGAAAUCUAGUCACCAGGUUUUGUUCCAUUAUUGUCAUAUUCUGAUCAACAAGGAUAAAUUGCUGUGGGAUCCGGAUCAGACUUAUACCAGAUUGAUACGACUGUAUUUCCUGUCAAUGAAGUCCAAGGAACUCUAUCAUUGUUUAUUUGUUUUCAGUGCGCCCCGAACAUUGAAGCAGAUGUGCCGCGUCGAAAUUUACAAUAUGUUGGGUCAGCGGCCAGCAGUCAACGUUUCUAAGCUUCCUCUGCCGCCAGUCCUAAGGGAGUACCUUCUCAACUUCGAACCAUAAAUAUUAAAUAUACGUCUGUAGAUUUUUAGAGGCAUUUAAUUUAUCAAUAAUGCAAUUUUCUAAUUCAGUCAGAAAUGCGGGUAUUAGAGGUAUAGAUAGGAUUACUUCUGGAACGGUAUUACUCUGACGUUGAUCCGGUUAUUUUAGAAAUUUAGAUAUGCAUGCAUGGGCUCAACCGAGUAUAUGUUUCCUGACCUAAUAAAAUUAUUUUUAGUUUAACUAUAGCAUAUUAUUUAGUUUUUUUAUUGAAGAAAAAAGUCUGAUUUUCUAAUCAAAUCUGAUGAGCAGAAGAAAAGUAAGCUGCAGCUAUGUAAAUCUAUCAUUUUUUGGUCUUCAAACCCGUUAUUAUUUUUCAACCCCCUUUCUUCUAGCAUGGGGCAUUAUAGAAGGAGGUAAUGGGACAAUUAUGGAUGAUGGGAUAGCCCCUCCAACGAGCCACUUCUCCCCUCUCAGAAGUUUAAGCCCUGUAUACGCCCCUGCAUCUGCAUCUAGUUCUUAUGUGUUAACUACGCUUAACUUGUGUUAGGCAUAACUUAUUAAAAGUUACUUUGAACAGGUUCAGAAUAAAAACUUAUUAUUAUUA